AUGGAGGAGAACCAACUUCAGGCGGCGCCCAAGAAGACGGAGAUCUUCUCCCUAAAUGGCAAAAGGCUUGGUGACUUUUCCAUCCGGGUUGGCAAUGAGGAAAUAGUGCCGACGGAUCGACUGAAAUACUUAGGUGUUAAGUUCGACAGAGGACAACGUUCCAGGAAACACAUAACUACGGUCACAGAUAAGGCGCUUCGAGUGUUGGCGGCGCUAUCGCGCAUUAUGCCAAACAUCGGCGGGGCGGGCCAUAAGACGAGCAUCCUGUACUACAGGUUGCUUGAAUCUAUAGAGAGAUUGGCGUUGUACGGGCUGGAGAAGCGUUGCAGGAGACUCCGACAGGGCACAUUUCGGGCGACCAGCCGUCACCUGGAGGAUGCCGACGUUGAAAGGAAAAAGGAGGACAUCAAGAGAGCCCUUUCAAGAAAAUGGCAAGAACGAUGGGACCGGGAAUGCGGGAACAAGGUCACUCAUGACUGGAUCUCGAACAUUGAGAAGUGGUUGACCAGACCCAACGGCCAAAUGAACUAUCAUUUGACCCAGGCGAUGACAGGCCAUGGUUGCUUUGGAGCAUAUUUGCACCGUAUUGGUCGGAUAUACAGCGCUGAAUGCUGGUACAGGUGUCAAGUGAUAGAUGAUGUGGAGCACACCUUCCACACGUGUGUGCGAUGGGAGGAUAAGCGAGCUGAACUUCGCAGGGCACUGGGAGUGCAGGAUUUGACGAUUCCACUCAUGGGGCGUCUCAGGAGACAAAACCUAGAGAGUUGGACUCUAAUUAAAGAGUUCCUCACAUACGCCCUGAAAGACAAAGAGGAGUACAAGCGUGCGAUGGACAGGGCGGCGCGUAUGAAUGCGCCCACCCCUCCUCCUUCGCCACUCCCAUAA